CUUCUCCCACAGCUCCAGUCCAUUGAUAAUGGCAGCAAAGACUUCUGAGACCUGAAAUUGAUUACCAUGUCUGCCCCCAUCAUGGGUGCUGGCUGAAGGAUAGUGUUACUAGGGUGGGAAGACGCCUGAAGGAAACGCACUGCUGAAGUGGCACUAGACCCAUGUGCCACUCCCUCAGCGAAUAUUCACUAAGCACCUGCUGCAUGCCAGGCCCUGGGAAUACAGCAGCACUGACGGCAUUCCCAGACUGCCCUCCAGGAACUUCUACUCUCCACAUCCAGAAAUCUGGAAUCAUCACAAAUUCCUUGCCACCUCCGUUAUCCAGUCUGCCUUUGAGAACUUUCCAUCAUCAUACAGCGAGAGGCCGUGGCCACCACCUCCCAUCUCUAGUCACAGACUCCUUAUGGCAGCCCCUUGGUCCAGAAAUGGAAAGGAGAAGAGAGCGCGGGCGCAGUGGGGCAAAGUCGCCUGGGAGGCCCGAGCAGGCGACCUGGCCGCCAUCUUGGGAGAGGGCAACGCCGGCAGCUUCCAGCAAUGUGUACGGGCUGGCAGGCGGUGCCGGCGGGCGCGGGGAGCUGCUGGCCGCCACCCUUAAAGGCAAGGUGCUCGGCUUCCGCUACCAAGACCUCCGACAGAAAAUCCGGCCAGUGGCCAAGGAGCUGCAGUUCAACUACAUUCCCGUGGAUGCGGAGAUUGUCUCCAUCGACACUUUCAACAAGUCACCCCCCAAGCGGGGUCUGGUUGUGGGGAUCACGUUCAUCAAGGAUUCAGGGGACAAGGGCAGCCCCUUCCUGAACAUUUACUGCGACUACGAGCCCGGCUCUGAGUACAACCUUGACUCUAUUGCCCAGAGCUGCCUGAACCUGGAGCUCCAGUUCACUCCGUUCCAGCUGUGCCAUGCGGAGGUCCAGGUCGGGGAUCAACUUGAGACCGUGUUUCUCUUGAGUGGGAACGACCCGGCCAUUCAUCUCUACAAGGAGAACGAGGGGCUGCAUCAGUUUGAGGAACAGCCCGUGGAAAACCUCUUCCCAGAGCUGACGAACCUGACCAGUAGCGUCCUCUGGCUGGACGUCCACAACUUCCCCGGCACGUCCCGGCGCCUCUCAGCUCUGGGCUGUCAGAGUGGUUAUGUCCGUGUCGCCCACGUGGACCAGCGGAGUCGAGAGGUUCUGCAGAUGUGGUCGGUCCUGCAGGACGGUCCCAUCUCCCGAGUGAUUGUGUUCAGCCUCUCGGCCGCCAAGGAGACCAAGGACAGGCCACCACAAGAUGAGUACAGCGUGCUCGUGGCCAGCAUGUUGGAGCCAGCAGUGGUGUAUCGGGACCUGCUGAACCGGGGUCUUGAAGACCAGCUUCUCCUGCCCGGCAGUGACCAGUUUGACAGCGUCCUCUGCGGCCUGGUCACCGAUGUGGAUUUGGAUGGGCGGCCAGAAGUCCUGGUGGCCACCUAUGGACAGGAACUGCUGUGUUAUAAGUACCGGGGCCCAGAGUCGGGGCUUCCUGAGGCCCAGCACGGGUUCCAUCUGCUGUGGCAGCGGAGCUUCUCCAGUCCCCUGCUGGCCAUGGCUCACGUGGACCUGACCGGGGAUGGGCUGCAGGAGCUUGCCGUGGUCUCCCUGAAGGGCGUGCACAUCCUGCAGCACAGCCUGAUUCAGGCCUCGGAGCUGGUCUUGACCCGGCUUCGACAUCAAGUGGAGCAGAGGAGACAUCAGCUACAAGGGUUGGAGGAUGGGGCAGGUGCAGGGCCUGCUGAGAAUGCAGCCUCUUAAGCACCCAUGCACCCACUCUUCCCAGACCUGGGGCGACUCAUGGCGUGCUCACCUCCAGCCGCUGGUGGGGGGUGUCCUGAAGGACAGGAUGCUCUCCCCAGACCUCCCCAGGGUGGUGAAGCUGUGCCCUGGGACCCCAGCUAACCCACUCCUCUCUCUGUGCCUCAAUGUCCCUAUUUGAAAGCGGGGAUGAUCCCAUUCCACCCUGUCCACUCUGGAUGAGAAUUGGCCACCUGAUGGUUAUUUAUACGUCCAGAAGAACAUCA